AUGUGUACUAUUAAUCCUAAUUUGAUAAAUAUGCCAGAAGUGGUGAUUAACGAAAUUCUGGAAAAAUUGGAUUUGAGAAAUAUAAUAACUCUCCGAAAAGUGUGCAAAUCUCUUCUCUCCUUCAUUGAUUCCCAAAAUUCACUUCCCGAACUAAUCGAUUUAUCGAUUUUUGUGAAUUUCGAAAAAAUCGAAGUUUGGUAUUAUCAUAAAAAUGGCUUGAAUGUAGUGGGUUACUGUAGCCAGAAUAAUAGGAAUGACACAAAACUCGUUUUUUCAAACUUAGAAGAAAAUUCCAAAAUUUUAAAAAAUCAAAAUUAUUUCACAAGUUUUUUGACGGAUUUCAAAUUUUUCAUUUCCCGCCAAAAUUUUCAAAUUUUGAGGCAAUUUCGAUUGACAAGAUAUGAGUGUGAGGAGACAGGGAGUACUGUAUUUCUUAAAAUUUUUGAAGACAUUUCGAAAAUAUUGAAAUCUAAGCCACGUCCACUUUCAGUGGAAGAACUCUUAAUUGGAGUAGUGGAUGAUAGUGAAUUGAUAAAAAUUUUGGAAUUUUUGAAUUCAAAAAAUUUGAAAUCAAUAAAAAUUAGCUCAAAUUCACUGAAAAAUCAAUCGAUUAAUUCGGAAGAAAUCGAAAAAUUGGAUCAAUGGAAAUCGGCAAAAAAUCUAUCAAUCGAUAAUUUUAUUCUGGAAAUUUCGUUGGAAAAAUUAUUGCAUUUUUCAUUUUUGGAUGUGAAAUUGGAAAUUGUGGAUGCUCGAAAUUUGCUGGAUUUGAAAAAUAAAUUCCUGGAAUCGACGGACCCCAAAGAAUUCGUUUUCACUUUUGUGGGAAUGAAAAAUCAGGAAAAAAUUCUGGAAUUUUUUGGAACUCCAGAAAUUUUGAAAAACAUUUUUGGCCAAGAAUCACAACGAUGGAAGCUACAGUACCCGGGAAAUGAGAAAAUUCUGGAAAUUCAAAUUUGCAAAAAUUGGUGCAAAUUCACAAAUAUCGAGUCGUUGGAAGAGCAAGUAAGACGGAGAAGAGAGGAAGCUGAGCAAUUGGAAAAUUCUGGAAAUUAA